AGGCGACCACCGAGUGCUACACGGACAUCGCGGACGAGAGUGCGGGCGUUCGCGCGGUCACUGUCACGUCUCGGCCCGUCCUCGACAUCGACCCGACCGCCGUCAUCGCCGCUCCAGUCGACGCGGCGUUCGACCCGGCCAUGUGUGCGCGAGAAGCCCUACGCGGCGCUCUUCGGGCUCGUCCCCGCAUCGAGGACGGGCUCUCAGCUCUCAUGAAGGGCGGCGGGCCGUGUCCGGAGAAGGCCCGCGUCGCCAUCUCCGGCAUGCCGGCAGCCCACUUCACCAUCGCCUCCUCGGUCGCUGCCGCUUCCCUCGCAGUACGAGGUCGGCGUACCGUCUGCGCGUACCUGCUCGAAGGCCUACAACCGCACCGCGGCGGCUUGUCGCAGGCGACCACCGAGUGCUACACGGACAUCGCGGACGAGAGUGCGGGCGUUCGCGCUGUCACUGUCACGUCUCGGCCCGUCCUCGACAUCGACCCGACCGCCGUCAUCGCCGCUCCAGUCGACCCGGCGUUCGACCCGGCCAUGUCUGCGCGAGAAGCCCUACGCGGCGCUCUUCGGGCUCGUCCCCGCAUCGAGGACGGGCUC